UGGUCCAACCCUAAGCGCCCAAGUGUCACAGUUCUGGGCGACUUAUUCCGUUUUCUGAGCGUUUCUGCUGCUAUAUUCUCUGUAACUCGAAAAAGGAGCUUCUUCAUGUACAGGCUAUUGUUGUUGGCCAGCGUAGCAACAAUAGUUGCAGUCCUGCAGGAUUUGCUUCACCAAUCUGUUUCAAUUCGUGGUGUUCUCCGUUGUCGGAAAACACCAGAAACACCACUUAUCCCCUUAGAGAACACGAGAGUGCAAUUAUAUGAAAAAAGAUCAGCAAUUCUUGGAAAUGCAUUGAUCGUUAGUAACAGGACGGAUAAGAAUGGAGCAUUUUAUCUGAAUGGAUCAACUUCUAGAUUACUGCCUAUUUCUCCGCUCCUACAUAUUGAAAGCGAUUGCGAUGGACGGUCUCACAAUGUCAAGCUACCCAGUUUGAGGACACAUAUAACGCGAAGUAAAGCGGCAAAGCGCACGGUAAAUAUCGGCGUAAUACACCUCUAAUACUACGAGCUCUGGAAGGUCGAUGAAUGAAUGGACAAAGAUUUUCUCAAAAACGUAAUGAAUUUUUCUGGAUUUUGUGACAAUUGUUUGUUUGUUCUUUGAGGUAUUCGACUCAUAGUUCACACACUGUUUUGUUAUUUCACUCGCAGCUGUCUUGUCGCAAUCGAAUAGCAUUCGUCUUUAUCUCUAAUUUCCGAAAUGCGAUAGUUUACUUGUCAAAACAGUGGCCUAGCAAUGUUUGGUGGAUUAGUACAUUGGCAAGGCUUGGAUCACAGCCAGCAAGAUAGCUGGGAGCUCAUGUAGAAUAAAAUCUUUAUUCAAAAGCUGCU